AUGCCAGGCAGCUAUCGUCAAUCGCGGGUAACGAGCGUCGAGGCCGAUCGAGGCUGCCUGCUUGUGUGCUGGCAGUCGACAGGCGAUGCGGGGUGCCACGUCUUGGAGCAGCACUUUGACCGCGUGGUCCUGGCCGUGUCCCCCGACGUCGCGGCCAGGGUCUUUUGGCCACUGGCGUCGACGCUACACGAGAUGCCGACGAAGCGUGUCGAGAGCUAUAUCCUUAGCUCCGAGCCGGGGGCCCUGUCCAUCGCGAGCGGACAAGACUCAGUGGCAGGGUGCUCGCAUCAUUGCGGCGAAGCCUGGCCGGCCCAAGUCAUUACGGUCCGCACGCAGUUCGACGGGGACGCUUCGAGAACGCAGGCUCUCCACGCCAUGCCUGGAGGAGCGCUGGUCAGCACAUGCCCACUUGAACCGGCGACGGACUCGAAGGCGGUGUUACGGACUGCAAGCUUCACCAGAACCUUGCGCACCACCGCAAGCAGAGCCGCAGUGCAGAGCAUCAUGGGCUUGGAUAAGGUAUUCCGGCAAGACGCACAAGACGAAGCCCAAGGUAGCAGCUAUCCCGGCUGGGUGAAUGGCGAAGACAACGUAUGGCUGGCUGGCUCUUGGUGCUGGGACGGCAUGGUGCUGCUGGAGGGAUGCGUCGUGUCAGCGAUGCGGGUCGCCGAAAAUUUUGGAGUGCGCAUACCGUGGCGAGGCGACUGA